UCCUGGAGCUGGACUUCCGGCGUGGUUCUCUUAGCCGUGGUUUUGGCGUUUCUGGGGUUUGUUUACCUAGCUGUAGGCUCCGGCCGAGGUGAGCCUUCUCGUAGGCGGAGCGCAGCGAGCUGCAUUGCGGUACAGAGGCCUGGCUGAGGCCCAGCGACUCCGCCCACGUGACCCGCGCAGGGCCUGGGGAGGAGACCUGGGCGACCGGGUCCUUGCUCCCGCUGCAGAGUCAGUCCAAUGGCCGUGGCCGCAUACAGGGACCCGGCACAGAUUCUCUUUACUUCAGAGACAGUGAUGGGGUCAGGCCCGGGUCUGACCUUUGAGGAUGUGGCCAUUCACUUCUCCCAGGAAGAAUGGGUGCUUCUUGAUAAGGCCCAGAGGUUCCUAUACUGCAGUGUGAUGCUGGAGAACCUUGCACUUGUGGCAUCUCUGGGGUCCUGCUCUGGAAUGGGGAGUGAAGAGGUAAGCUCUGAGCACGAUGAGCCUAUAGAAGGGGUGAUGUCUAAGCCAAGUCCCUCCACUCAGGAGACUCAUCACUUUGAGACUCCUGUUCCAGCUUUGGAAGGCAUUUUGCACCAGAAUGAAUUCCUAAGUGCACCCUCUGUGCAGACAUUGUACUUGGGCGGAACAGGCAUGCAAAGCUCCGGUUUGAAUGAAGACAUUAACCAACACCGGAAGAGUGACAGUGGAGAAAAGCAUUCUGAAGCAGAUGCUAACAGGGCUUCAUUUAUGCCAAGUUGCAAACCCCAUGUGCUGACGAAGCCAUCCAUCUUUGGGAAGGAUGGGGAGAAGCGUCUUGCCUCCACAGGCUGUCUUCAGCAGCAGGCUGCUUGUAGUAGUGAGCAGCCUCACAGUAGCGGCAGGGGUGGGGAAGUACUUCUGAGUGGAGAAAAACUGAAGUACAGUGAAUGCCAAAAAGGUUCAGGGCACAAACAUACCCUUGUUCAGUGUCACAGUGUGUCGCCUGAAAAGGGGCCUCGUGAGGGUAGCAAGUAUGAGAAAGCCUUCUGCAAGUACAAACUAGCUCAGCACCAGAACAGUCACAUGGGACAAAGGACAUAUGAGCAUAGUCAGCAUGAAAAAUCUUUUAGCAAAAAGUGUCACCUCAUUACACAUGAUAGAAUGUGUCCUCAAGAAAGACCAUAUAAAUGCACUGAAUGUGGAAAAGCCUUUAUCUAUAAAUCUGAACUCAUUUAUCAUCAGAGACACCACAUUAAUAGAGUACAUUAUGAGUGUGUGGAAUGUAGGAAAUCCUUCACCUAUAAAUCUAACCUCACCGAACACCAGAGAAUCCACACCGGAGAGAGGCCUUAUCAGUGUGAUCAGUGCGGAAAAUCCUUCAGACAAAACUCUAGCCUCUUUAGACACCAUCGAAUUCAUACUGGAGAAAGACCGUAUGCGUGCUAUGAGUGUGGGAAAUCCUUUAGACAAAUUUUCAAUCUCAUUAGACAUAGGAGAGUCCACACGGGAGAAAUGCCUCAUCAGUGCGGCAACUGUGGGAAAGCCUUUAGCUCCAAAGCCGAACUUACUCAGCAUGAGCGAAUUCACAGCGGGGAAAGGCCUUAUGAGUGUAGCGAGUGUGGCAAGCUCUUCAGGCAGUUCUCCAACCUCAUUCGCCACCGGAGAGUUCAUACUGGGGACAGGCCUUACAAGUGCAGCGACUGUGAGAAAUCCUUCAGUCGCAAGUUCAUCCUCAUCCAGCACCAAAGAGUUCACACUGGAGAAAGGCCUUAUAAGUGUGGGGAAUGUGACACAUCCUUCACCCGGAAGUCUGACCUCAUCCAACACCAGCGAAUUCAUACUGGCACAAGACCUUAUGAGUGUGAAGAGUGUGGCAAGUCGUUUAGGCAGUGCUCUAGCCUCAUUCAGCACCGGAGAGUUCACACUGGAGAGAAGCCUUAUGAGUGUGUCGAGUGUGGGAAAGCCUUCAGUCAGAGUGCUAGCCUCAUUCAGCACCAGCGACUGCACACAGGAGAGAAGCCUUAUGAGUGUAGUGAAUGUGGGAAGUCCUUUAGCCAAAGUGCUAGCCUAGUUCAACACCAGAGAAGCCACAGUGGAGAAAAGCCUUACGAGUGUAGCGAAUGUGGCAAACUCUUCACUCACAAGUCGGACCUCAUUCAGCACCAAAGGGUUCACACUGGAGAAAGACCUUAUGAGUGCAGUGACUGUGAGAAAUCCUUUAGCCGUAGGUCUAAUCUUGUUCGACACCAGAGGGUUCACACCUGAGAAACUUCUUUAUCGUGUAAGAAAUGUGCUGCUUAGUGAGUUGGUGUAGUAACACUGGGGGAGACGAGCAGCCUUCUGAGUUUAAAGAUAAUUCAUGUGAGCUUCAAAGGGGGAAUACUUUGAGGAGCUUCAUUCCAGUUUCUAGUCUGCCCAGGGCCAUAUCCUGACUUAUGCCAUUGGCAGCGUCUGCAGUAGAAACCCUGUCACAUUGCAACCUGGAAGAUUGACACUGUGAGGAUGAGCAUCCUUCCUGUGUGCUCAGAGAAGCAAACUUCUGUACUCUGCUCUGGCCUUAGCCUUGGAGACCCCUCAUUUCCUUUCAGGGCAGGAAUCUUAUUUGGAAGGUGUGGUCUGAGUUGUGUUUUCAGCUUUGCUAAGAAAGAGUACUUUGUUCAGGGGAAGUUUGUUUUCAUACUGUGCUCACGAUGAAUAUUUCCAGGUUUGAAUUGGCCAACUUGGGAAAUGCUUGCUGCCCAUAAUCUCUGACUUAUCUUAUUGAAUAGAUAGUUUGUUUAUGCGUCUUUAAUCUGGAAGGUUCUCUUCAUUCUGUGGCGUAACUUAUCAACUGACCCAUGAUGUCAGCACGGAGAGGUGGGCCAGUUCCAUAGAGAUCCUCACUUUCUGUGUUUCAGAGGGUAUGAUACACCUGCCAGAAGCAGCUGUGUAGAGCAGUGGUCUGAUUUUCGUGGCUGCUCCUGCUCUCAGCCGUGAGAGCAGGUAAGGUGGUGGAUUGUUUGUUCCUGACUUACAGAAGGUGCUAUGAUUUUUGUGAGGUAAGAAGUCCUGAUGAAAAGGAGAAUUCUGACAAUCUCAGGCACUUUUAAAGCAUGUCAACAAUUAAACUCUCUUUUCUGCUGGGAUGUCACACAAUUCCUGGCCUUGUUGAGGGUAAUUUCUUUGCAGGCCUUGCAUUGCAGCCAUUUGCUAUAUAUAGUGUGUUGACUAGUACGCAGGGCAGCAGUUUGUGAUUGGGACAGGAACUGAGUUAACAGAUACGGAAAUGAUCUCACAUUUCCCCUAUUGUACAUGUAUGUGUGUUGGUGCGCAUGUACAUGGCACAUGUGUGGAGGUCAGAAGGCAGCUUUACAACGUGAUUCUGUCCUACCAUGAGGGCUCCAGGGAUUGAGUUCAGGUCAUCAGGCUUUGGGUAAGUGCUUUUACCUCCUGAGCCAUGUCUCUGGCGCUGGAACAGGCUUCUACUAAAGAUUCAUCUGUAGAUGUUCCAGUGACUUGUGUGAGUACAGUCCUCUAGAUCUCUAUGACUAUUUCCCGGGACUGUGGUUUGUGUCAGAGAAAUUAGUGAGACAUUUUUGUGGAUUCCUGUAUUCUUUUCUUUAAUUUGGGCCAAAGCUGUACUGGCAGGAGAACAAGAGGGGAAAGACGCUUUUGUGGCAUGGGGUAUAAUUCUGACCUAUUUGUGAUUCAAGAGGCAGUAACUUUUAUUACUUCCCAAGGUGGACUGCCAGUGGAGCAAGGCUGUGCCUCUCGGGUUCUGAGAAGAUGGUGGAAUCCAUAUUAGGUUGUGAAGAACUUUUGAGAACAGUGGGACAUCUAAGUAUAUUGUUUCAGGUUACUUUUUUAUAGCUUCAUUUAUGUGUCAUUUGUAUAAGUGGCACUCAACAAAGUACAUGGCAUGGCGCCGUGGCGUGUGCUUGCAGUUCUGGUUUCAAGGAAAGCUGAGGAAUGAGGAUUGCAUGGGCCCAGGAGUUUGUGGCUCAGUGAGCGCAAGACAGCAUGGCCCUAGCUCAAAAAGCAAAACCCCGAUUGGGAAAGUGUGGAAAUCAUUAUAGUUAUGAAAACAAAUUCUUUGUUGUCUGUUUGUUUAUGACAUGCCCAUUUAUUAUCUUACAUUUCCUACCUCUCCUGACAACCAAUGAUUUUGUUUUUUGUUUAUUUAUUUAUUUAUUUUUUUAAUUAAAAUUUCCACCUGCUCCCCGUUUCCCAUUUCCCUCCCCUCCUCCCAAAUAUUGUCCCCUCCCCCCAGUCCCCUCCCCCUAUCCCCACUCCUCUUCUCCUCCCCCCACACCAUUCCCCCUCCCUCUCGAUACUGAAGAGCAGUCCAAAUUCUCUGCCCUGCGGGAAGACGAAGGUCUUCUUUCUAUGUCCAGGAAGGUGAGCGUCUAAACAGGCUAAGCACCCCCAAAGCCAGUUCAUGUAUUAGGAUCGAAAACUAGUGCCAUUGUCCUUGGCUUCUCAUCAGCCUUCAUUGUCCGCCAUGCUCAGAGAGUCCAGUUUCAACCCAUGCUUAUUCAGUCCCAGACCAGCUGGCCUUGGUGUGCUCCCAAUAAAUCAGUUCCACUGUCACAGUGGGUGGUGCAUCCCUCGUGGUCCUGGUUUCCUUGCUCAUGUUCUCCCUCCUUCUGCUCCUCAUUUGGACCUUAAGAGCUCAGACCAUUGCUCCAAACUGAGACUCUGUCUCUACCUCGAUCCAUUGCCAGAUGAAGGUUCUAAGGUGAUAUGCAAGAUAUUCAUCAGUAUAGGAUAGGGUCAUUUCAGGUUCCCUCUCCUUAGUUGCCCAAGGUACCAGCUGGGGACAUCUCCCUGGACACCUGCUAACCCCUCUAGACUCAAGUUUCUUGCCAACCUGUCACUAAGACAAAAAGGCAACCCACUGACUGGGAGAAGAUCUUCACCAACCCUGCAACAGACAAAGGUCUGAUCUCCAAAAUAUAUAAAGAACUCAAGAAACUAGACUUUAAAAGGAUAAUUAACCCAAUUAAAAAAUGGGGCAUUGAUCUGAACAGAGAAUUCUCAACAGAAGAAAUUCAAAUGGCCAAAAGACACUUAAGGUCAUGCUCAACCUCCUUAGCGAUAAGGGAAAUGCAAAUUAAAACAACUUUGAGAUACCAUCUUACACCUGUCAGAAUGGCUAAAAUCAAAAACAGCAAUGAUAGCCUUUGCUGGAGAGGUUGUGGAGAAAGGGGCACACUCAUUCAUUGCUGGUGGGAAUGCAAACUUGUGCAACCACUUUGGAAAUCAGUGUGGCGAUUUCUCAGGAAAUUUGGGAUCAACCUACCCCUAGAUCCAGUAAUACCACUAUUGGGAAUAUACCCAAGAGAUGCCCCAUCAAAUGACAAAAGUAUCUGUUCAACUAUGUUCAUAGCAGCAUUGUUUGUAAUAGCCAAAACCUUCAUUACAUUGAAGAUGCCCUUCAAUGGAGGAAUGGAUGAAGAAAGUGUGGAAUAUAUACAUAUUAGAGUACUACUCAGCGGUAAAAAACAAUGACUUCUCGAAUUUUGCGUGCAAAUGGAUGGAAAUAGAAAACACUAUCCUGAGUGAGGUAUCCCAGACCCAAAAAGAGGAACAUGGGAUGUACUCACUCAUAAUCGGUUUCUAGCCAUAAAUAAAGGACAUUGAGCAUAUAAUUUGUGAUCCUAGAAAAGCUAAAUAAGAAAGUGAACCCAAAGAAAAACGUAUAGUCAUCCGCCUGGAGAGGGGAAGUAGACAAGAUUGCAGGGCAAAAACUGGGAACUCGCGGGUGAGGUGGCAAGGGGCAAAGGGGAAAUGGGAUGAGAAACAUGAGAAGGGAGGAUGGGAGGAGCUCGGGGGAUUGGGAUGGUUGGGAUAUAGGAAGGGAGGAUAUGGGAGCAGCGAAGUAUAUAUCCUAACUAAUGAUUUUGUUUUUAAUUUAAACUUUGUUUUAUAUGUGUGUGUGUGUUUUUCCUGCAUGUAUGUCUGUGCACUACAUACAUGCUUACUACCUGUGGAGGCCAGAAGGGGAAGUAGGCUCUCUGGGGGCUGGCAGUACAGAUGGUUGUGGGCCACCAUGUGGAUGCUGAACCCAGGUUCUCCGGAAGAACAUC